ACGUUGUCAGAAAUAAUCGUCGACAGCGUGGAGAACGUGUGUCGGUGGGAUAGGACUAGAUUUGUCUGCAUCGUUUGUGUAAAUGUAAGCCUGGAUCGUGAUGCUGCAAGAAAUUCGAAAUAGAGAAAAGAAUCGAGAAUAAGAGGAAGAAAAAGAUGGCGAAAGAGGAAUGCAUUGAUUGCCAGUGUCUCAAAAAGCAAACAGUUUUCAUGGUCGGUCAAAGAACUCGGAUGUAUUUGCGUCAACUGCACCCAUUAUAUGUUAUCAGUGAUCGUCGAUUUCGAAACAUCAUACCAUGCAGGACAAAAAAAAAAUCUUCGAAAAAGACCUUCUCUCCCCCCCGUUCAAAACACGAGCAUAUUCAUCGUCUGGGGGCUUUACCAGUGACCCUGAAGAAAAAACAGCGCCCACCUCAAAAAUCCGAACUAAGCGUCCCCCUCUCUCUCUCUUACCUUCUAAAAGACGUCACCUGGUAAAUAAAGAGAGAGAGAGAGAAAUACAACUCGGGAGAAGCCCAGAGGGGAGAGGAGAGUGGGAGAAUGGGGGAGGGGACCUGUGUAUAGAUGAGGUAUACAAACAGCAGUGGCUCUCGAAGGGGAAAUUCAACUUUCCUUUCUGUCUGUAAAAGCCAAAAGAAAAAAAAGGACUAAGGUAGUCGAAGAGAGACGUUCUCUUGGAGGUUUUUUGGGCCACCUCCAGUUUCGCCAAGGCAUUCGCGGCAGCAGCUAGUCACUGGACGUCGCUCCUGCUCAAGAAAUUCUUCGAGUUCAAAACGUAAAAAAAAAAAAACUUCAGUGUUUGAUUAACAACAAGUGAAACCUAAAUGGAAUAGGAAUACUGCGACGUAAACCAUAAAUCUAUGUCAAGAAUACCAUGCCCUGCUGAAAAUUCCAUUGAAAAAAAAGUGCAGUGUGUAGUGCUGACACUGUAUACACACUGGCAGUGUGUGUCUGUGUCCAUUCAACACUUUAGAAAUUGAAAAUUGAUCAAAGUGAUCAUCUUCGUCGAACUGCUGUGGUGUCGGAUGACUCGAGCCACUUCUGUUGGCCGUCCGACCGUCAUCCGGAUGACCAAAAUGAAACGUCCAUCAUUACUCAUCUGGUUGACGUUAUGUUGCUGCUGCAUCGGUACUGGAAUGUCUCAACGACAGGUUGGCGAUGAUCGACCGUUGCGGUUCCAGUCGUUCCCGUCCAAUCCUCCGCAGUCGUUCCAGCAAAUCAAUUUUUUUGGGCCGCUUUCACCUCAGCAAUCUGCUGAUCCGGCUGGGUCAACGCCUAAUCGUCAAGCUUUAUUCUUCACGUCGCAAAAUCUUGGUCAGCAAGAUUCACGUAAUCCUAUUUUUAAUUCGGGCGCAGUUAGUCCGCUGUCCACGCUGGCCUCAUCCUCUAUCGGAUCCGUACAAAGAGGUCAACAGAUCCGCAGUCCGACGGUGGAAAGCGGGUUCAAUCCGCAGCUUCAUUUGCCCACCGAAGUGGCCGCCAAUGCGUUUCCUUCCAGUGCUGGCCGGUUAACUCCGGCUGCCACGUUAAUACAAAGCCGCGAUCCACCGAAACAGAAACCGAUCGUUCAGUUCCAGUUCAGUCGGGAUCAAGUUCAACCAAUGAAUCCAAGCGGGAAUUUCAAUCGACUCCAGCGUCCCGAACUCAAACUUGAAUUGCUUCCGGAAUUUGACGAUUUUCCGCUUCCUGUACCCAUUGGAUUCCGCACGCCUUUUUUCCAUCAGACCACAGAGGCCAAUCGUCAACAGGAAACAACGAAGCCUCAACAACGCGUCCAGCAGACUCCUCCAUUAGGAGCACCCAUCCAGGCAUCAUCUCUGCCUGAAAAAGUGAUCGAAGAAUCUCUUCCAGCUCCAAUCCAGGAGAUUCCAGAUGUCCUCCCAGAAACGGAAACAAACGACUUCCAACGCGUCCAGCCUGUGACAUCCGCCCAGCAAUCGGAAUCGCCCUUGACCGUCGAACCGCCAUCGACUCCACGCCCGUCCCAACUUCAGGUUCUCAGCGAUCAGCCGGAACCCGGAUCGAUUGGAGACAGUCCAUCCAACAGAAGAAACAGGUUGCGACGGCCGUUGAAUACCAACGAAACACCAGCAACCAGUGCGGAAUUAUCCAACAGUCCGCGUCGAGUUCCUCCUGUUCGAGAAGGAAAUCCUAAUCUGAGACCUGUGCUGCUUGACGAACCGUCUGCCGUGACGACCGGAAGCCUGCGACAAAGAGUCCGUUCGACUACUACAACAUCUGCGCCAUUAGCCAUUCCAGUGACUACCGAAGCAGCUGAACCGGUCACGAUUCGCACGCGUCAGCCGUUCCUUCGUCCGCGACUCAGUGUGCCCACCAGAACUCGAACAAACGUCCGUGUUUUCACGACAUCACCGCCGGAAGAGGAACCUGUCACGACACGCGCACCCACAACGACUCGAUUCUUCGGCAGACGACCGAGACCGACUGUAUUACCAGAUGAGGAACCUGAAAUCCUGACCACUACGACUCAAAGAUCACGCAUCCCGACGACGAUACGAGUCCGCAAUAAUUUCCGGUUUAAUUCGCCAGAACAGAGCCUCCCUUCAACGACGACCGUCAAACCUAUCAAUUUCAAUUCGCCAGAAUUGAGCCAACCUGGAACAACGACAUCCCAAUCUCCGGUUACACUGGCAAGUCCAGUCCAAACGGAUGUGUUGGUGAACAAUGUCAAUGAAUCCAUCGCGACUGUCGAUCAACCAAUAUUGAUUCCGACGGUCGAAGAAACUAUCGAUACCACGACAACUGAACCCGAAGAAGAAUAUUAUUACGACGAUGUAGUCGAUGAAGUCGACGUCUUGUCCACCAAUGAAAGCACAACGACGACUACAAUUGUUCCAGAAACCACUCCAACUUCUGAGGCUCCAUCAACGACUACGGCUCCAUCAACGACUACGGCUCCAUCGCAAGAGCUUCCAGCGGAAGCAGCAGUGGAGCCAGCAGCGGAACUGCCCGUCGCUACGGCUAUUGAACAGCCAGUGGUAGAGAACGACCACACACCGUUAAGUGACGAUAAGCCAAUCAUCCAUGACAUAACCGAUGAGGUGGCAUCGCCACAACCGGUGCAACAGGUUACGGAAAUAGGCGAAGCCCUCGCGACGGAUGCGGAACAACAGGUUGUGGAAGAAGAAGCUCCAGCAGCUAAAGCUCCACAAACGACUAACGGGCCGUUAAAGAUUUUCAAUUUAGGUCGUAGGAAUACAUCGUCGGUCAAUCUAGAUAACAUUGUCUUCGUCCCCAAUUUGGAUGGAUUCGUCCUUCCUAGCCCGGUGACGCCCAACACCGUUUCGGUGGAAACUAGUCGGAGUGUUACGGUCGUAAAGAUGUCCGUCGACCAAUUACCGACCGAAAGUCCGUCGUCUUUACAAAGUGACAGGCAGAGCAAAGCUAUCGCUUCCAAGACGUCCAAUCUGGCCAACAAUCAACCGUCGAGCGGUGACGCCAAACAGCCGAUCAAGGAGAUCGAACUGGCCGGUGAAAGUUUAUUACCUGAGCCGACCAAAGCGCCAGACACGCGUAACGACGAACUGGAUCUUAUCCAAUCGGAUUUAUUCGACAAGCAUUUGAAUAACAAUUUUAACAUGGAGGCGAGUAAGCCCAGCAAUAUAACAACGACUACAUUACCGACACCUACCAGUUCUCGGCCGCCAUUCCGGCCGCCUUUCGAAAGACCUCGACGACCUUUUGAUUUCUUGGGAACGCCGAAAGUUGAGACGUCGGUAACUGACGUUCCAUUAACUGGUUCCGAUACGCCUGAACAAGUUGAAAUUGUGCCAUCCUCCACGACUGAAAUGGUGGCCGUCUCGUCCAGCACAGAGCCGUCCGCCACGACAGCUGUUGUCGAGGUGACAACGACGUUGUCACUUUUCGAUCGUUUAUUCGGCAAAAAGGUCGUCGUUAUGGAUGACAUCAGUAGUCUCCUGCCGCCUGGUUUUUCUGCACCCAAAGAAACGGUUGAACCUGAAGCUCCGGUUACUGAAGUUGUUGUUCCAGUUACGCAACCCGCUGCUCCAGUUACUGUGGCCGCAACGAUUCCCGUUGAAGUUGCAAGUCCCGCUGAAAUUCCCUUAACAACAACCGCGCCAGAAGGUCCUCCUGUGAGUGCACUGGAUAAGAUUUCCGGGUCAGUCAAAGAAGACGACAUUUCAGCUUUUCUGCCACCCGGUUUCAAAAUGGAUCAACCGCCGACCACGGAAUCAUCCACCACGACGACGACUAAAGGUCCUUUUGAUGGCUUGUUUGAUACGGCUAAUAUGGAUGACUUGAGCGCCCUAUUGCCCUCGAAUUUCAAGCAUCAUCUUUUCACUCCGUCGCCGAGUAAAACGACGCCCACGGUAGUUACAGAAGCUCCGGUCUCGACGGAAUCGACGGCGACCUCAGCGGCUGAACCUUCGACCACAACAGCUAAAAAGGGGUUAGUCUUCCCGACACGAGCCAGCCCUGCACGCACGACGACCAGCGAAAAACCCAAAGUUAAACCGACUCAAUCUGCAGUUGAAAUUAAAUCUGGGUGGCCAGUGCGGGCCACGACGGAAUUUACUGGAUGGCCGUCGCCAGCUACCCAACCUUAUUCACCACCUUCAACUACGCCGACAACUGUCAGAAUGACAACGACGACGACGACAACAACAACCACGACAACUCCGCGAGUGACAACAGUCGGCCAAUGCGGAGAAGAGUGCCGUCUGGCGGGCACGAUCCGAUUGGUCGAGGGUAUCGACUGGAUGCCCGAAUUAUCCGAUCACAAUACCCGCGAAUGGUACCAACUGGCUGCCAUUGUUGAAAACUCGCUGGAUGCCGUCUAUCAGAACGGACCAUUAGCUCCGUGGUACGCUGGCAUCGUCGUCGAAGCUUUCAGUCGUGGCAGUGUCUUGGUGGAUUAUUACCUGAACCUGAAUGGCACCACUAUAUUGGACACUGGUGAAAUUCGUAAUUAUUUCCACAUGUCGCUUGAAAAAGAAGGAGAAAACUAUAAAUUGGGCAACUACACUGUCGACACUAAAUCGACCGAUUUCAUUGUUUUAAGGCAACCGGUCGUGUCCGGUGAGAAACCGAGAGUUGUGACAGGAGGAGUCGGAGAAUGGGUUAUUGCCGUCAUCGUUGUCGGUCUUGCCUCACUCAUCUUUGUCAUCGCUUUUGGAACCACCAUGCUGAUCCGACGGCGAAGGCAACACCAACGGAAACCCCUGCCGUUGACGGAGGAAAUGCUCAAUGAACUCAACAAGAAUCACAUGGCCGGUGCGGAACUUGUAGGUGAUUCGUUCUACAAUGACGACGUUGGCGAUGCGUGGGACCAUCGUACCAACUUCCCAACUAAACCUCUUAAGCCUCUACCAAGGCCAGCCUCAGUCAGUGCCAUUCAUCAGACAUCUCGGACUCAUGGCAGUAGCAGUGGCUAUAAUUACAAUCACUACACCAACUACAAUAACUUCCGGCCGCAAUUGCACGAUACGUGGAAAUCAGAGUGGGACAGCAGCUACUACGAGACUUCCAAUUCCGGGACGGCUCCACGGUCUUCUAGAACAGCACCCACACGGCCAGCUACGAGUUACGGUCGAUAUCCAACAUAUGGACGUUCACGUCCUAGCAAUUUUCAUGAUGAUUUUUAAGACCUACGGUGUUCCUUUUGUUGCUUAAAAUGGGAAUCAAACAAUUCAACGUUUUUUUGUUUUAAAGGAGGGAAGAGAACAACUGAAAAUUAGGAUUUUUGUACAGUUACUUUCACUUUCUCGCUCUUUAAAUAAUAUUAAUAAUAAUAAUGUUCUUCUUUUGUAAUGACUCAUUGGUCUAACAUUGUCGUGUGAAUUUUUCUGCCCAACUCCAGUCGCCUGUGUCCAUGUUAUACUUUUCUUUUUGUGUCAAUUUUGAUUUAUUAUAUAUAUAGAAAGAGAGAGAGAGAGAGAGAAAGAAAUGGAAGAUGAAAAUUGAUUAAGAGACGAUAUUGCAUUUGAAAGAAUUUCCUUAGAGAAAACCCCCUGUUAUUUUAUUGCAAACAAUCCCGCGACUUGUAUGGUCGAAAGCUCACGGGACCAAACGUGAAAAAUGUUUCCACGUCAAAAUUCAAUUGAUAUAAUGUGUGUCAACGUGUAUUCUAUCAAAGGAUGGAAACAAAACCAAUAUUAGUCGGUGAUCUA